UCACUCUCUGCCAUGGGUUCCCUCAGCAGGGUGUCCAGAGGCGAGGCGCACGAGUCGUCUCUGGUGGAGAAGGCCAAGUUCUACACGUCGCUGUGCCUGGGCACGGUCGCUGUCGUCUCGGUCUUCGUUUUCCUCUUCCUGAUCCCGUUCGUCGUCGACCCGGCGGUGUCGACCAUCGUGGCGGACUACGACCCGGAGCCGGUGACGUGCGCUACGACGGAGCACGUGUACGCCGAGGGGCUGCACAACUGCUCGUGGGCGUCCUGCCGCGAGGGCUGCACGUCCGCGGCGCCGCGCUGCCACCAGAUCCUCGUCAACUACAGCCGCCGCGCGUUCGCUGCCGGCGCAGACCCGCCCGCCGACUGGGACGUGGUCAACACGCGCUUCUUCGUGAACGCAGAAGGCUGCGGAUACCCACCCAAGGUUAACUGUACGGUUUUUGCCAAGCAGUAUGGUGAAGUUGGGAAACAACCAUUUCCUUGUUACUACAGCCGCACCUAUCCAGAGAUGGUUGUUGCACAGUACAGUUGGGAAGAUAACUUACGUCAGCUAAUAUUGUCACUUCUCAUACCAAAUUUGAUAUUUGGUGUGUCAGUGGGUGUUUUGUGCUACUGGUACUGUCCUGGUUGUGGCAAUGGUUGUGGCCAGAGUGCCAAUAAAUUCCCAUGCAAGGAGGAUGACCACGAGCAUCAUGAGACUUGUUAUGAAGAAGAGGAUUACUAAAUCACAACUAUGUUAUCAUCAAUAUUUAAACACUUCUGGA